AGCCCCUUUGCCAAACUGUUCAAAGGAAAGAGUAAGGGAUUUACCCUGACUGCUGACAUUAACGCUACACAAGAGCUGAAACCCAGCAGGAGUGUUAAGCUGGCCAACAUCCGAGUUCCAAUUUCUGCCCAUAAAACAACCCUACUGAAACGCACAGAGCAGUUAAAGUGUUACUCAGAGGGCGAGGGAGUGGCUUCAAACUCAGCUUCUCACAUUGAGAUCCGCUACACUGACCUAUUUGUGACAGAAGACGAUGACUUAGUUGACACCAGCCAACAUGAGUACUUUGACCUGGCAAGUAGACGAGCUCGCAUCUAUGUCCAUCAGGCUUGCCAGCGCAUCCAGCCGUGCCAUCUAUUGAGCCCCAGAGGAGCAUCAGGACAGCCCCCCAAAAGGAUAAAAGUGAAGGGUAUUGCUGGUAUCGGAAAGAGCGUGGCAGUACAGAGACUAGUCUAUGAGUGGGCGAUUGGGAAGAACAUGCGUGAAUUCACCUGCAUUUUUGACUUGCGAUUCAGAGAGCUUAAUCUGAUUGAAGCACCGCUGAGCUUAUUGGAGCUGCUUGGAGAACGGUUCCGGUACCUGAAGGCAGCUCUACCUGAUAUUUUCACCUCACCAAGUUCCUUGCUCUUCAUCUUAGAUGGAUUAGAUGAGUUCAAAUUCCCUUUGGACUGGAACAGUCCUGACAAAAACCUUGACAUUGGUUCGGAGGUGCCAGUGUCAGAGCUGAUGGUGGCUUUAAUCAAGGGAAGCCUUCUCCCAGAGGCAUCAGUCAUUCUCACAACAAGACCCUCUACUGAAGCUCCCAAGGGUUUCUUCCAGAGAUGUUGUGUGGUGCUGGGCUUUGAGGAGGCCCAGGUGAAGGAAUACACCACCAAGUUCUACAAAGAUUGUAAAGUUGCUGAAAAAGUCUAUGAUUACAUCUUGAACAAUGACAACCUUUUUGUGCUGUCGUUCAUCCCUCUUUAUUGCUACAUCAUCUGUACCGCUAUGGCUGAGUUCUUCUCUACAGGGAAUCAAGAUGUUGGUGACUCAAAGUCUCUGGAGCUCAACCCGCCCAGAACUGUCAGCGAGGUUUACUUCUGUUACCUGUUUACAGCAGUCAAGCACCAUGCGCUAAAGGGGAGUGCAGAGAGAAGCACCCCUAGAGCUAAGGUUCUCUCGCUAGCAAAGCAACAACUGACAAACUUGGGAAAACUGGCUUAUGAAAACCUUCUACAGAAAAAGAUCAUGUUCGACAGGGCAGAUUUGGAGAACUACGGCGUUGCACCUGCUGAUCUUCAGAGCACCUUUCUCAGUCACAUCCUCCAGCCUCUCAAAGAGGAAACAGUGGAGAUGUUUUCCUUCUUCCACUUGACUGUUCAAGAGCAUAUGGCUGCCCUCUACUGUGCAAUCAACCUCUUCAGCCAGGAGGACAUAAUCCAAGCUCUGGACCUCUGGUGCUUUGGGUUAUGUCCACCAUCCUCCACAGCUGCACCCCUGCAAAACACAGCCCUCAACACGGACAAGCUGGAGAGCCUCCAGAUGUUCACACGCUUUUUCAUGGGAAUGCUCCGAGCUCGGCUGGCAGGUCAGUUGGAUGGCCUUGUUUUUUCCCCCACAGAGCAAGGGGAUGGCAUCCCCACCAGGCUGGGCUUGUGGUUCCAAGACCAGUUUAAGGGCAGGAAGCUCGAGAACCAGGCAGCCCUCAAUCUUCUCCACUGCCUGAUGGAGUUCCACAUGAUGGAAGCCACCAGCAUGGCAGCACCAGAGAUCAAGAAACUCAACCUGUUUAAAAUGAAGCUGAGUGUUGUGGACUGUGCAGCCAUGCAUUAUGUUCUGCAGUUCUCUCCACACAAUCUGAAAGAGCUCAACUUAGGCUACUCCAACAUUGGAAACAGAGGACUAAAUAGACUGGGGCCAAUCCUACAUCGCUGUGAAACUCUCUAUUUGAGAUACAACUGCCUGGAUAGGCAAGCAGCUAUUUUAGAAUCUGCAGUUCUGAAAUCAAAUGAGUGCCAAGUGAAAAAGCUGUUUAUGUGUGGCAAUAACCUGGGUCCAGAGGGGGUUUUGGAGCUCUGGAACGCUCUGGAGCACAACACCACUGUGGAGGAACUCUAUUUGGACAUCACUGGCAUCACAGAGCGAGGAACAGAAAACAUUGUCAACUGCCUCAGCAAAAACACAUCUCUGAAGACACUGACUAUUGUCGGGAAUGAUAUUGGAGAGGUGGGGAGGAGGAGGCUGAGGGAGCUGGAGCAACGUCGACCGGGACUGCGGAUUAUUGCAAAUUUUGUAGAUGACCUUGGAUUACUUCAGGCCUACCUGGACUGGGUGGAUGAGAUCCAGGUAGACAGAGACCAGAUGGACUCUGUGAAGAAUGUAGACGCCCUGCAGUCUGUGCUGAAGGGGCUCCAGGUGGCAGGAGAACAUGUGGAGAAAGGAGAGAAAACAGAGAAAGCCAUGGAGCUCCAGACAAAGAUUGUGAAGUUGCUGAAGUCUACAGAUCUGAUUGGAGGAAGAUAAGAAAGGUUAGCGCUCCAUCUGAAGUAGGGAUUUGGAGCUACAGAACACUGAAGAUAAUGACGCAUACAGAAAAUGAUACAUCAGUUCUGCUCACUGAGACCUCAGCUGUAAAACAUGUGUAAAUAUAAUAGAUUUUAUAUUCUCAAUAUCUGUGAUUGGUUUUGAGUAGCACUACACCUUUUUUAGUACUGACUUCUCAUUAAUGAUUUAGAUCCACCUGGUGUUUAAUUAACCCCAAACAAAUGUAAUAUAUAUUUGCUCAUACAAAGCCCAUAUAACAAUAUACAUACAGCCCAUAUAAUAAUGCCUAUUAUUUUGUCACUUUUUACAAAUAUGCAAGCCCAGUUUGUGGCAAUGAAAGUGCUUACCACUCCAAAUGUGUUUAAAUAAUAAGGAAAUUAAGUUGUUGACUUUUUUAUACAUACAGCAGUGGGGUCUGUUAGACAGCAAACAAUGAGCAAGUAAAGCCAAAUGCAAACUGGACUACUUGAAAUGAAGUAAGUUUUGCCACCACUUGAUUUAAAGAUGCCCAGCCUGUUUUGUGAUAUGAUACACCAAGAGAGACCGUCAUCAGCAGUCAUUCAACAGCAAGACUGUUCUGAAUUUUGACUUCCAUUUGGGUGUUUGUGAAAGAAUAGCUUGUUCUGAAUAAAAAUAACACAAAAAUGAGAAGAA